AUGGGCAAGGAUGAAAGCGACAGCAGGGCUCAGGGUUCAUCUCUUAUGCCAGAAAGUGAGAACGUGGUUCGAGGUUCAGAGCAGGAGCACAGGGAAGUUGUUGGGGGUUUCAGAAGUGAGGAAGGGUGUGGUGGGGUUGCUGUGAAUGGAGAUGGGUUUUCUGAAAACCAAGGGUUGGCUGAUGAAGGGGUUGCUAACGUUGUCAAGAACAGGAAAGUCUUGGAGACCAAUAUUUCCGUUGGGAGUGAAAAUGAUUGUCAAGUUUUGACUGAUUCUGAGGUGAAUGGGAUGUCCUCUUGGUUAGGAAUGCAAGGAAGUGAUAUGAACACGGUGUUUUCUAGUGAUGGCGCUGAGAAGUUGGACUAUGAUUGUGCAUCUGAGAAGAUGGACUAUAUGUUUGCUUCUGAGAUGGAAGAGGCUGCUGAUUUAAGUUUAGAUGGUUCGGGAGGGGUUGUUGGAGGACAUGGAAGUGAUGGCGGCAGUAGUGGGGAGGAAGGAAAAUAUGAAGAUUGUGAUGCCGAAAAUGUCACCGUUGCUUCGGAGAGUAGAGUGGCAGAAGUUGCUAGUUUGAGUGUGGAUAGUAUGGUAGGGGUUGGUGCUGAACACAAAAUAGAUAGGAAGGAAAGUGAAGACUGUGAUGGGAACAUUCGGGGUAUUGAUUCCGAGAGUAGAGGAGCGAAAACUGUUGUCUUGAGUGUGGAUAGUUUGUUAGGAGUUCAUGAGGACCGUGAUGGGAACACUUUGGCUGUUGCAUGUGUGAGUAGAGUACCAGAAGCUGCUGUAUUGAGUGUGGAUAGUUUGGUAGGGGUUGAUGGGCAAGGCAGAAGAGAAGAGGAUAUAAGUGAAGAUGGAGGUCAAGAUGAAGACUGUGAUGGGAAUGAUGUGACUAUUCCUGCUGAGCGUAGGGCAGAAGAAGCUGCUGUUUUGAGUGUGGAUAGGUUGGUAGGAGUUGGCAAGGAUGACCGAAAAGAAGCAGAAGGUGGAGAUGAAGACUGUGAUGAGAAUGUUGUGACUAUUACUUCUGAGAGUAGAGUAGCAAAAGCUGCUGUUUCGAGUGCGGAUAGUUUGGUCGGGGUUGGAGGGCAAGACAGAAAAGAAGGGGAUAUACGUGAAGAGGAAGGUAAAGAUGAAGACUGUGAUGGGGACAUUGUGGCUGUUGCUUCUGAGAGUAAAGUUGCAGAAGCAGCUGCUUUGAGUGUGGAUAGUUUGAUAAAUGUUGGUGGGGAAGACACACCGGGUGAAGACUGUGAUGGGAACAUUGUGACUCUUGCUUCAAAGAGUAUAGUUGCAGAAGCUGCCGAUUUUAGCGUGGAUGGUUCAGUAGGCCUUGCUGCGGAUGACAAAAUAAUGGAGGAGGAAUGUGAAGACAAAGGAAAUACGGCUGUUUUAAGUGUGGAUGGCUCCGUAGCAGUUGAUGUGGAGAAAAGAAAAGAUGGGGGAGGAAGUGAAAGGGUAGAAAAAGAGGAAGAUUGUUCUGGGAACAUUGUGGCAAUAGAGGUUCCAAUUGCCGAGACAAGUGACCACAUGGAUGUAGAUGUGAAGGACUUGAGUGAUGAGGGGUAUGGUUUCGCUGUUGGCGAUUUUGUUUGGGGUCAAAUUGAGAGUUAUCCUUGGUGGCCUGGUCGGAUUUAUGACCCAUCUGAUGCAUCUGAAGUUGCAUUGAAGCUGAAACAAAAGAAUAGACUUUUGGUUGCCUACUUUGGGCGUGGAACCUUUGCGUGGUGUCAUCUGUCACAGUUAAAGACUUUUGCAGAUAACUUUGAUGAUAUGGUUAAACAGAGUAGCUGCAUUGAUUUUGUCAAUGCUGUGCAAGAAGCUGCAAGUGAGGUUGGAAGGCUUCUGUCUAUGAAGUUGAGUCGUUUAGUUGAUGACAAGAAAACUGGUUCUGAAUCUACACUCCCAUUGGCGAGAAAUUCUGGAAUCAAAGAAGGAGUUCUUGUGCCAGAAACUGGUGUAGAGAGACUUUUAUAUAGUCACUUUGAGCCAGCAGAAUUACUUUCUCAUGUGAAUCAAAUUGCGCGAAUUAUUGAUAGUGGUAGUAGCAUUAUGGAGCUGGAGAUAUUAAAGGCUCGGCUUUCUGCAUAUUAUCUAUCAAAAGGGCAUAAAUUGCCUGAUUUUAUGGAUACUCAGCUGGUUCCUGGAGUUGAAGAUAGUCUAAUGGAUGAAACAGUUGCUGUAGAUAACAGUAAAAGUACCGUGGAAGCGCCAACCCAAGGGCCAUUUGAUGAACUGGGUCAUUCUCCAGGGCUUUCAGGGAACUUAUCGAACCAUGUUAGAAAGCAGAAAAGCAUUGCUGAAAUAAUGAGGGAGGACAAAGAUGUUCAUACAGCAAAUAGAGAGGUGGAAGCAGCUGUUGAAAUGGUGAACGCAAUUGGCUCAAAUGGUGGAAAGAAGAGGAAAGGUAGUGAGGAUGGGUUGACAUCUAAACCUGUUCAAAAGAAAAAAGAGGUUCUUCUAGACUCUGAUGAAGAUGUGUCAAGUGCUGAACUCUGUGCCGAGGAAAACAGUAUUAGCAUUGGCUCAUGGAUGCAGUCAAAAGAGAAGAAAGAAGAUUUUGAUGAAGGGAAGAGCGAAGAAAACAGGAAGGGUAGUUUGUCAAGAGAAAGGAAGAAAAGCAAGUACUUGUCCCCUCCUUUCACUACUCCAAUCAGGGGGCAAAUGGAGGAAAUUAUUGAGGCAGAAUCGUUUAAAGUAUCCAGAAAAGUUAAAGCAUCACAGGCAAGGGAAGUGGCUGCUGUCCUGCAAUAUCCUCCAGUUUAUAUGGGGAGGCUGUUUGAUAGCUCAAAUUACCAAACCCAAGAAGAUGAUGGGGAAAUGGUUAUUGAUCCGAAAAAAAUCCAGGCUCCUGUGGAGGAAGUUCUGUCUCAAGUCCAUAAUGCAGCUAUUAGUCCACAAAUUCGUAGGGAGGGUACUUCUCUUGACCAAUUUGUUGACUUCACCUAUGCCUUCAGAAGUUCAUUAUAUUCUGAAGGAUCGUUAUGCGAUUUAUACGAGAAGAAUCAGCCUGGGAGGAAAAGAAAGAGGCCAGAAUCUGAAGAAGAUGGAAUGUUGAAAUAUGGUCAUAUAUCGUCACUGAAACAAAAUUCUGGGCCAAAGAAGAAAAGAAAGGACACUGCUUCAGGUAAGGAGACUGAUGAAAAUGCUCCAGGUGCUGCUCUUGUUGUUUCAUUUUGGCCAGGAUCGUCUGUGCCCUCAAGAUCUGACCUUAUCUCAGUGUAUAGUAAGUUUGGAGCUCUGAAUGAAGCAGAAACUGAUAUGUUCGACAAUAGCUACACAGCUAGAGUGUACUUCCUAAGAACUUCUGAUGCUGAAAAUGCAUUCAACCAUUCUCAAAACAAUAACCCUUUUGGAUCUUCUGAUGUCACUUUUCAGCUCCAGUAUUACUCUGAUGGAUCGAAGUUUGGACAACAUGGUGAAAGAUCUAAGAACAAACCUUUGCUAGCAGCUACACCACCACCGGUUUCACUCUCACAGGGUGGUGAAGCGUCCAGAUUGAUAUUCAUCCAGAAGAAGCUUCAAGGUCUGACUUUGAUACUUGAAACAUCAGGUGACAAAUCUCCCGAUUUGAUGGCUAAACUACAGAGUGAGGUGAAGGCUCUUCUGGAGGAUGUCAACCAAAUGGUUGAAGCUUCUCUGUUUUAG